CUGUGAAACCUAGAAGGUUUGCUAAGAGACUACGAACAUGUACUCUCCUGCCAGUCCCAAAAUCCUAUAUAGGAGCCCACGGUUCUUCCGGUUAGCUUUUCUUCAGCUUCAUCACCAGCAGCAGAAUGGUGUGUUCUGUGAUGUCAUUCUGCAGGCCGAAGGUGAAGCAGUCCCAGCUCACUGCUGCAUCCUGUCAGCCUGUAGCCCCUUCUUCACAGAGCGCCUAGAACGAGAGAGGUCAGCUCAAGGUCAGAAGGUGGUUCUGGAGCUGGGGGGUCUGAAGAUCAGGACACUUAGGAAGCUGGUGGACUUCCUGUAUACCUCAGAGCUGGAAGUAUCUCAAGAAGAAGCCCAAGAUGUGCUUUCUGCUGCCCGUCAGCUCCGUGUAUCUCAGCUAGAAUCCCUUCAGCUUGAGGGUGGAAAGUUGGUGAAGGCUUCUCAGGGCGGAAGAUUAAACCGAGAGUGCUUACAACUACCAGCUGCUGCACCAGUCUCUGCCAGAAUGGUGGUACCCAACCUCCGACCUCAAACUCCAUUGCCUACUACCUGGACUCCCUGUCCUCUUGGGGCAGGGAGAUUGAACUCAUUAGGCAAGGAGGAGGGUUCUCAGGGGAAAACCAACCAAGGGAAGGCAGAGAACUUGUCUGGCACUCUUCUGCUCAAGAGGAAGGCCAGAGCCUGCCCAACUCCACAAGAAAAAAGCUCUUUACCAUCAAGCCACAGUCAGGGGCCAGAAAAGAAUAAGAAUGACCCUGCUGUUGGUCCUACGGCACUUUCUCGACCCAGCUUGUACCCCUCUGUGCAUGAGCGACUAUCACCCAGAAAGUUCAGGCUGAAUCGCUCAAUGGUAUCUCCUGAUAUCUAUACAUUGAAUCCUUACAGCAUGCUAGGCAGACCCAGCUCAGUGCCUGUAGCCCUUGGCCGGCGUCUGUGGAGGCAGAAGAGUAUAAAUAAAGAAGCACCAGAGGAUAAGCAGAAACUGGGAAGAGUUAGUCCUGUACAGAGCACUCCCAGCCCAUGUGGUCUUGGGAAGACAAGUGGGAGUAAGAAGAGAAUCCCUGAAGACAGGGCACCUAACUCAAGCUCUGCAGAGGAGGGGCAGGUCGGGAGAGUGAAGCUUCGCAAGAUUGUCAAAGAGACCUCUUGGGAGAUGGUACAAGAGCCUCCCCUCAAAAUCUCUCAGGGUAGCCUCCAGAUCCCAGAACCUGGAGGAGACUUAGCAGAGCCUCAGUCUUCUUCUGGACGUCCAGAGCUGGUAAGGAAGGGACCUGUGUUGGAUAGAGACUGCAAGGAGCCCUAUGCCUUUGACACAACCCUGCUGAGGCAGCCCUGUGAAGCUGAGGAGUACCGAAUCACAAGUGCUGCUGCCACCAGUGAGCUGGAAGUGAUCUUGGACAUCAUGUCCUGUGACUCAGACACUGAAUCACCUGUGGUGUCUCUGCAGAGUCCUGAAGCUGAGGAUUGCAGAACGCCUAGUGACCGCCUGAAAGAAACAGGAAAGUACUGGAUUGAAGAGGAAGAAUGGUGUUUGCCAGACUUAGAGCUCCAGCCCAGGGAGCUCACAGGUUUGGAAAAGGAACCUGUUGAUGAGAACGAAAAGCCAACUGAGCCCCUCAGCUCCCUCGUCAUGCCCUCUGAGAUGAAUGAAGGAGAGGUGCUUUCAGUGGCUGGCUCUUGGAUUCCAGACCUUGAAAUCACCAGCUACCAGACACUAGAUGGUCAGGGAGACAAACUUCUCUACAUUGACUCCCUUAACACUCCUCAAAGGUCUUAUGAGGACCUCUCACCCCCCUGCUCAAACUGGGCAGAUACUGGUCUGGAAGUGUCCCUAACUACGGAUGGCGCAUUAUACCCUGCUACGGAGGCAGACAAGGAGGUAUUUGGUAACUCUGGGCUACCGAGCCCACUUCUUGAAAGCUCUGAAGAGGAAGAGGUUGAUGUGGAGGGCUGGACAACAGAGGAGGAACUAGUGCCCACUAGUAUACCCUCUGUCUGGCCUGACCCUUCCUCAGAGUCAGAAACAGAGAUAGAUAUACUAACAUAG